UCUAAGAAACACUUUUCUUUCUAGUCGAAUGACUUCCGGUGACAGAAACAGGUGAUUGAAUCAUGAAUCAUUGUGUGAUAUGACUGUAAUCUAAAAUUGGUCAUCAGUGUAGACAACUUCAACAUUAGGUCAUCAUUCUAGACAACCACUACAGUUUAUAACUACUACCAUGGUUCUUAAUAAAAUAUUUGAUCGUUGCAGCUAUUGGUACUUUUUUUACACAAUAUUAUCUAAUGUGUAUUUCCUGGAACCUGUAGAAAGAUGGGCUUGCAAUGUGCUGCUGCUCUUUUUCCUGGCGCUAGUGUUCUACACAACAUAUCUUUAUCUACCUGGACACUCCCUCAUGAUGCUUCACUUUUUUAAAUAUCUCCUGGGAAUAGAAACAGAAGCCGACAUCACAGUUGUAACAUAGCGUAGACUCCAGUGAAAUCUUUUGUUUUCUUCAGAUGACUGGCGUUUGUAAAUUUUUAUGUACAGGAAUUGUUUGAUGAAUCUUCAAGUCUGUGUUGCUGAUUAAAUUGGGUAUGAAUGUAGGUUCUAGUCCCAAACCCUUACAAAAAUAGCUCUAAGUGUCUCUGAUAUGUAAUUAUGAAGAACAAUUGAUGCAGAUAAAAUGAACGGUUCUAAGUAUAACUAAAUUAAUUUGUUUUCAGUCUGAUCAUUUUAACUUUCAUUAAUAAAACCUGUGAAUAUGUAUUGCUUAUUACUAACUUACUUACAGCCCAUCAGCCUUAUUGGAGUAUCGACCACCAACAAAAGAUCUCCAUAGUUCCCUGUCCUGGGCCAUCCUUUCCAUCUGUAACCAAACUUUAAUGUGUCUGCCUCUAGUUCUUGUCACCAGGUGCUUCUAGGAUGCCCUCUCUUUCUCUUGCCUUGUGGAUUCCACUUCCAUAUCUGCAUUGUGUUGCUAAUUGGUGCUUUGCGCAAAGCGUGCCCAAUCCAGCCCCAUCCUCUCUUUCUGAUUUCUUAUUCCUUUCGUUUUUCGCCACUUUCCUUCAUGAUUCUUUUUGAAGAAGAGUCUUCUGCUCUCAGGACAAAGUGUUCCGUUAUCUUUUGUUGGCUUUCUGUAUUAUUUAAUUUCGAGGGGUGGGGGGUGGGUGGGUUAUUAGCCCUUUGCCUGGAUCUCCUCCUUGAUCCUGACUUGGGACACGCAGGUCAUAAUGACCUCUGGUGAAGUUGCAUAUUACUUGGUGUGUAUGUGUGUACAAGGUUGCUGUAAGCUUUGAUAUUUUUCACUUUGUUCCUUAUAAUUGCUUAUACCUUUAAUGAGCUACACAAUAUUCCUGUUCAUUUUAUUUUUUUUAAGUAAUGAAACUAAUUUAAGAAACUGUUUAAGUAUGAUUAUAAUUGUUCUUUUUUUUUUCAAAACUUUUUUUCCCUUGAAACCUGCAUUUUGUCAUCCAACAAAAGUUUUUUAUUUACCAGAAGUAUAGUUUCUUUUUCAGAAGUAUAGUUUCUUUUUAACAAAAUAUAUUAAAAUAAUAAAAUGUUUUAAAUUAUGAUGCAUUUUAUCAAGAUCUACUUUUUUUCUUUAAUCUGCUCUUUUUUUUAUGAAUAUUUUUCAAUGUAUUUAUUACUUUUUUAAUGAAAUUUCCAUCAUUUUUCAUUUUUUUAACAUUAUUUUCUGAUUAUAAACUCACCACGUUUAUAAAGAAAUAACAAUCAAGUCAUGUACCGGUAUAUAUGCAAAUAUUUGUAAUUAUAAAACCUUUUAUGCUUUAACAAGAUGAUCUUUUUCAAAUCAUAUUCAACACAAAAUUAUAAUAAAGUUUUGUUAAAAAUAA